AUUUCCAAAACAAAUGAUUGAUGACACCUCACUUAUCCAUUUUCACAAACCGGUAACUUCCUGUAACUGGAUCCGUAUCCGACUCCAUGACCCGAUGGAACGCAGAAGAAGAUGAUGAAAAAGGAAAAAAAAUAAAAAGCAACACAACAAAGCCGAGAAAUUUCUCAUCUUUCCCGGUACAAUUCUCAGGCCUCAAGAAUUAUUUGCACAAGAUCCAUUUACACUGUAACCCUAAUCCAUUGUAAAUCUCUGCGCGGGAGAGAGAGACAGAGAGGAGAGUUAAUCGACGACAACUGUGGAGCGAGCGGGCAAUGGAUGAGAAGCAACACAUGGUGGAAGAAGAGGAUCGGAGCAGCGAAAGUGGAGAUUAUACGUCGGAAGACGAAGGAACUGAGGAUUACCGCCGCGGUGGCUACCAUGCGGUGCGAAUCGGUGAUACCUUCAAAAAUGGUCGUUACGUUGUUCAAAGUAAGCUCGGUUGGGGCCAUUUCUCCACCGUCUGGCUCGCUUGGGACACGCAAAAAUCUCAAUUUGUAGCUUUGAAGGUACAAAAAAGUGCUCAACACUAUACUGAAGCUGCCAUGGAUGAGAUAACCAUCUUGCAACAGAUUGCAGAUGGAGAUCCUGAUGAUAAAAAAUGUGUGGUAAAGCUUUUGGAUCAUUUUAAGCAUUCAGGUCCAAAUGGACAGCAUGUUUGUAUGGUUUUUGAGUACUUAGGUGAUAAUCUUUUGACCCUUAUCAAGUAUUCUGAUUACCGUGGAAUGCCCAUCCAUAAGGUUAAAGAGAUUUGUUUCCAUAUUUUAGUGGGUUUGGAUUAUUUGCAUAGACAACUUUCUAUUAUACAUACUGAUCUGAAGCCAGAGAACAUAUUGCUAUUAUCAAUGAUAGACGCAUCAAAGGAUCCAAGAAAAUCUGGUGUGCCUCUCAUUCUUCCAAAUAGUAAGGAUAAGACUGCUCUGGAAUCUAUUACAAAACUAAAUGGAGAUUUGACUAGGAACCAAAAGAAAAAGAUACGAAGAAAGGCUAAGAGAGCAGCUCAGGGAUGUGUGGAAAAGGAAGCUUCUGCUGAAACUGAUGCAGAUCCUGAAACAUCUGCCACAGAGGAAACAAUCGUGGGUUCUGCUGAAGAUCGACCUACUAGUUCUGAUAAUGCAAACAGACUAUCUGAUGCCGAUGGAACAAAAGGUAUUGGGUCAGAAAAUCAGGGUAAUAAGAGGGGAAACCGCUCCACAAGGCAGAAGCUGUUGGCCUCUGUUGACCUGAAAUGCAAAUUGGUGGACUUCGGAAAUGCAUGUUGGACAUACAAACAGUUUACAAAUGAUAUACAGACUAGACAAUAUCGGUGUCCGGAGGUGAUCCUUGGAUCUAAAUACUCCACGUCAGCUGAUCUUUGGUCCUUUGCUUGCAUUUGUUUUGAGCUUGCAACUGGUGAUGUGCUUUUUGACCCCCAUAGUGGUGACAACUUUGAUAGGGAUGAGGACCACUUAGCAUUGAUGAUGGAGCUUCUUGGAAUGAUGCCGCGCAAGAUUGCAUUAGGUGGCCGUUAUUCUCGGGAUUUCUUCAAUAGAUAUGGUGAUUUGAGGCAUAUACGCAGAUUGCGUUUCUGGCCCUUGAAUAAGGUUCUCAUAGAGAAGUAUGAAUUCAAUGAAAAGGAUGCAAAUGACAUGACUGAUUUCUUGGUCCCUAUCCUUGAUUUUGUCCCUGAGAAGCGGCCAACUGCAGCUCAGUGCCUUCUUCAUCCGUGGAUCACUUCAGGCCCUCAUCUCUUAGAGCCAUCUAUGCCAGCUCGACAAAAUGAAGCCUCAGAAGGUCUAAACUUGGAAAAGAAGAGAGAGAAGGAUGAGAGGGAGGCAAUGGAAAUAGGAAUGGGGAAUAUUGCAAUCAAUGCAGAUUCCAAAGCAGUUAAAGAUUCUCCAUCUAGCAGUAAACUCUCCAAGCCAGCCACCAUUAGCUCUUCUAGGUAGGAUUCCAGCCUAUGGGACUAGCAUUCUGGCCCUUCUUAUCAUCCAUUGCGGUUUUCUGCGACAGCACCUGGCAUUCUUGCAGGACAUGAUCUUACUGGGAAAUUAUCUAAUUUCCAUAUUAGUAGUGCGGGAGCAUGAACAUGGAAUGGAAUCAUGUGGCUCUGAUGCCAGUGCGGGUUUGGGCGGUGAAUUGGAUUAAAAAAGAAAAAGUGGAUGCGAUGGGAGAACUCUCUCAAGCACGAUUCUUGGAGUUUGUCUGUUGGACGAUUGGUCAAAAGAAACUUUUGCUGCAAACUGUGCGUUUGUGAAGAUUGUUUGUUUUAUGUGAUUCAUGUACUGGAUGAAUAGUAGAUGCUGGAUUUUAGAUACAUUAUUUAAAUCUACAAAUUUUUUUCUUUCAGCAGGACUUUCCCUUAGUAUUUUAUAUGGAGCUUGUUGCAUUUUCUGUCGGAGCCCCGGCUGGUCGGAAAUUUUGAUGUUCUUGGUGUGUUUUGUGUGAUUCUCUCUUGUAUUAGAUGCUAUGUUUCUCAAUUGAACAAAACUGACUGAUAAAUUCAUGGAAUGUUUAAAUUUUAUCAUUCAAAUUUUAUCAAAA